ACCCCAGAACUUACAAUAUCAUAAAGAAAAAAGAAAAAAAUUAAAAAAAAAAGAAUUGCUGGGUUGAAGACUAUAUACUUUAGAAAUGUUGAUUGGUACUGCCAAAUUGAUUUAUAAAAUAUUACAUCAAUUUACUCUCCUAUCAGGUUGGUUGUUUUUGUUGUAUUUUUUUGGGGGGAGGGAACAGUCUUACAGGUAAAAUGUGGCAUACUGUGAUUGCUUAUUUAUAUUUCACUGAUCAUUAGUAAUGGUCAACAUCUUUUUACUUUUUAUCAAUUGCUUGUAUUUCCUCAUCUGUGAGUUGCCUGUUCAUAAUCUUUACUUAUUUUUAUACCAGGUUGUUAACUUUUUCUUAGUGGUUUCUGGGAACUUUUUGUAAAUUAGAGAUAUUAACCCUUUGUAUAAUUUAUUGUUGCAAACAUGGCAAAUAUUUACCUCCUGGAUUACCUUUUAAUGUUCACAUUUUUGCAAUUUUAUCUAUUUUAUUCUGUAAGGACUUAAAUAUAUGAAAAUAUAAUGUACUCACAGUUCAAAAAUUAGUGCAAAAUAAAUAGGUCUUGAUGUGACCCCCAUACCUGUCUACCAAGCCACUUUUACCAUAGAUAACCAUCAGUAUUUGUUUCUUGGGUAUCCUUCCAGUAUUUCUUUCUAGAAAUAUAAGCAAAUCAGAAUCCUUACUUACAUUAUCCUUUUCUGAUGAAAAGCAGGUGAAUACUGCCCUGCUCUAUGCCUUGCAUUUUUAUCCAACAGUAUGUUUUGAAGAUCUUUUCAUAUUAAUUCACAAAAAGCCUCAUCAUUCUUUUUUCAUAGCUGCAUAAUGUUCCUUUGUGAAAGUGUACUGUCAUUCAAUAAGCAUCAGACUUUUUUUGCUUCUGUAUGCUUUAAAAGAAUAUUGAAAACUUUAUGCCCCUUCACACAUUUAAGUAGAUACGUAAACAUUUUUACUAUGAGUUUAAACGAUUGCAAAUAAUAUAUUUUAUAGCAUAUUAUAAUAGGUUUUAAACAUAUCUUCUUCAAAAUCUUGGAGCUACGGAUUUAUAUGAAUUGGGAAAGGCAAAUCUGAUUAUCAAAGCAAGUAGCCAAAUCAGACAUACUUAUUUCCUGUCAGAGAAAGCCUAACUUAUUUUUAUAAUUCAAGUAAGCAUAUUAAUUAGACACCUUCUGUGACAACCCCAUCUUCAGAAUUCUAAGAAGAGUAGAGAGAAAGCUGUUAAUAAAUAGAUGUGGUCCUGAGACUAAUCAUGCUUUUUUGCCUUCUAGAUGAAAGAAGGCACAAUCAUUUUCAGCAUCUCCUUGGCAGUCUCAUCAGAUCAUGGGGCUUUACUUUGCUCUGCAUGCACCAAUGAUUCCCUGUUUUAUUACCUCCUACCCUGUAACAAAACACCUCAAAUCUUAGUGACUUAGAACAUCAAUUUAUCAUUCUCAUAAUCAUGGGGCUUACCAGGCCAUUCUUUUGCUCCAUGUAGUGUCUGCUGGGGUGCUGGGAUAGCUAGCAGCUCCAGGGUGGGUUUCCCGUCAUGGCUGGGAGGGGGCUGGAACUAGCUGCGGGUCUCAACCAGCAGCCAUAGUUCUCGUCAACAUGGCCUUUUCAUGUGGCUUAGCCUUCUCACAACAGAGCAGCUAGAUUCCAAGAACAGUUGUAUCUAUUAUUGACUCCAUUAUUUUAAAAUGUCUUUUAGAGAGUUAGGUGAUACAGUCCAAGGGUCAAAAUUCAAAAUGUGUAAGAAGAUAUACAGUAAAAGGUAGUCCUUCUACUACUGUUGUUCAGCCUCCUGUUUUCCUUUGGUGAUUUGUAUAUUCUGCAGAAAAUUUAAUGAAUGUGUAUAUAAGCCAAUGUACUGAGUUUUGCAUCUUGCUUGGGAAAACCAUCCCAUCCUAAGACUAUAGAAAUUUUUCUUCUUGAAGUUUUAUAAUAUUUUUCCCCCAUGGAAAUCUUUAACUGGGCUUUACUGAGUGCAUGAUUUGAGGCCAGGAUUGAUGGACUUCUUGGGAUGCCAAAUCAUUGCUGUUCACUAUGUGGAUGGUCCAUCAGGAACUUUGUAGUUUCUCUUCUCCUCAGUGCUGAGAGUCAGCCAUGUUUGUCCCAAGGUAUAGUCAAAGCAGUUUUCAUAAUUGAAUCUCUGGUGGAACUUUCCAACCUGUGUCAGAAAGAGGAGAUCAGAUAAGGUGAGGCAGUUGGACAUUUUUAUUUCCCUAGUGAGGGAAGGACAGUGUCACAGGAAUUAGAGGAAACAUAAGAUCUAAGAAUCUUCCCUUCCUGAAGGACAGGUAGAGAAACUUGGGGAAACUUAGAAUGGUGACUUGAUUGUAACUCAGGUCCCAUGAAUUGAGAAUUUCAAUCUGAUCUGAGCUUGUUUUUGUUGCAGGAGAAUAUACUAACCUUUUAAAAGUAUCUGCUAUGUAUUAAGUGUAGUGCUUUGCAUUUUAUAUGCUGUUUUGUUUUUUCCUCAUGAAAAGUUCAAGUUUGAUGGGAUUAGUUUUACCUUCAUGUAAAAGAUGAAGAACUGAGAUAUGGGAAGUUAAGUGACUGGCCCCAAGUUAUUCAGUGAGCUAGAAAAAGAGUUAGAAUUUGAAUCAGGUUGGUUUGAUUCCAAAGCCUCAGCCUUUUCCCAAUACCCCAAAGACUUGUAAAUUAAUGGUAUAAAAGGUAUAAAGAGGUUUCUAGAAUUUAUGAGACUCAAUUAUUUUUAAGAACCAUAAGGAGAGCUCAUUUGUUGAAAAGUAAAGUGAUCUUUGCAUAUAGUUUUUUUUUUUUUCCUUUUUGAAAAUAAGAGCCAAGGAAGAGAGAAUUCAAAUUGGCUAGUAUGCAGGUAAUUUCAUUAUCCAGCUCGAUGUGUAUGUAUACGGGGAGCCAGGGCAUUCAGGUGAGUCAAAUAUUCUGAUUUAACAGUGAGUGGCCCUGUGGAACACACACAAAUUAUAUAUGCAAGGAACAAUAGAAAAAAGGGACUAAGUAGGAAAAAAAAGUUGAGCUCUAGAUAUACGCUAACCAAAAUUUAGCAUUUAUUUGACAAUACAGUGGGUUCCUUUUGAUCUGGUUGAAGUUCACAUUCAUUAUUAUCAAUUCCAGUCCUCAUGGUGUGGUGCCUGAUUUUACUGGGCAGACCUGCUGAGGGGGGCUAUCUGGAAAAAUUCCUGGAGGGGAUGUAGAAGGGCGUGGGAUGGAGAGAACAGGUAGAGGUUCACAGGAGGGCUCCGCCUGGGCUGAGGAGUGAGGCUUCAGCCAUUGUGACUGACAACUUAGUUUCCUGACUCUCUGAUGGUGAGCUCAGGGACCGAGAGAUGUGAGGAACAUUCAAGAGAAGCCACACCUCCUGAGGGGUGAACAGCCUCCUGUCAGUGAUGAAGUAACACCACCUCCUUUGAUAGGCAGCUAAACGGUUCUUGGUGGAAGUGAGAUGGAGGAACUGUGUGACUGGCUGUGAGGGAAACAGAGAAGGUAUUAGUGAACUCCAGAUUGCAGAGGCCUCAUGGGUCAUUUCUGAGAUGGUGUCUCCAAAUAUUUACCUGCUUUUUUUCUUUUUUCCCCCAAAAACUCCUUUGCAAUGUAGAUGCCUCGGGGAAGGCAGCCAACCAGGUGUUCUUGCUGAGUAGGAAAUGGGAGGUCAGGGCAGUGAGGGAGGGAGGAUGAAAGGAGCACCAGCUCCUGUGAUUCACUUCCACAGGAUGGCCUCACAGGGACAUGCCUGUGAAGACCUAGGGAAGGGAGUCAUGGACUCUGCCCUUGACUCCAGAUAUCCACCCCCACCGCUGCUUACCUAAGGCCUGAACUCCUCUAUGCCCUCCUUUCACUUAGGCUUUAUCUUUUACCAAAAUAGAAACAUUUUCUGAGGGCCUAAAUGUUAAGCUCGCAUCAUAAAUACCUUGAAUGGGAUAAGGUUGUCAAGGUACUUUCCACAGGACUUACUGGAGAGGGGAUUGGGCCCAGGAUGGGUGAGCUUUAUAAGGUCAUGAAAGAGGAGACGGGUCUGGCCCUUAGGUGGGCAGUGGCAGUGGGGUGUGUUGGGGUGGCAUACUGUAUUAGAGAUUCAGUGUAACAUGGAGUUUUAUUGACUGCUGGGGGAACUAGAAGCCCUCAGAGAAGGGGUAAGGAGGGAUCAGGUUUUUACCACCUAAGAAGGUGGUUUAGAGCCCAGGGCAGUGAAAAGUUGUCUUCCAUGAGCUGGGCAUGCCUUGGCCAAGGCAGAGUUAAAUAUCUCAGCAGAGGUCGGAGGUGAGCAGGAUGAAAGCUACACAAAAGCUGAGGCAAGGUGGAAUAAUUAGCUUCUGCCUUUCUCUCUACCUGACCUGAUAUUUGAGGUGUCAUUUAAGGCCAUUGUACAGAUGUGAAGUGGAACUGUGGCAGAAUGAAGGCUUUCUGGAGCCUGGGGAGGCUUUCUCAGCCUCCUGGCUGGCAGCUUCUCACCCCUCCAUGUGGGACGCGCUACUGGGCCUUGAGAGGAGAGAGCCCCUUCUGCCUUCCAGGUGAGCCUAGUCUAAUGGGGGGCUCAGAAUCACCCUUCCUUUUGCACUUUAAGGGUGUUGAGGGAGGUGGGGUACACACUAGAAUUCAAGAUAGUGACACGAAGCUGGUGCUGAGGGUAGGAGAGGAGAGCAGAGACUGAAGUGGAUGGAUUACCAUUGCAAAAUUCUCUCGGGAGCUUGUUAAAAAUGCAGGCAUCUGGGAGUGAGACCUCGUUAUCUGCAUGGAUAACCAACCCUCUAAGGUGAUUCUGCCCAUUAAACUUUGAGAACCUCUGAGAUAGAGAAUGUGUGAGGUUAGCUGGAAACAGCCUCUUGGGAGACGUGGGCUUGAAUUUCAGUGUCUAGUUGAUACUUUCUUGUUGUAGAUACUGUCCUUGGCUGUGGACCUAAGAAGCCCAAUCACCUGGAGACACUAAGCUCUCAUGGGAGAGACUGGCAGCGGUCCAACCAACCCUUGAAAUGACAUCCCUGAGAAUGUGUUGCCACGGGCUCCACUCUACCACUUGGGCGCUAAUCGCCAAGGGGACAGAAGUGGUGUGGGAGGUUGCUGAGGAUGCUGUCUGCUGAAGUGUUUGAUUCAUGUUACAACUGAAGCACAGCUUGCAGGGCAAAAUGGCAGCCAAGUGGAGCCCACUUCCUGGGGCAGGGUUGGGGAGAUUUGUAUGUCUGUGGAUGGUCUUCACUUCGGUUUGCAGACACUAGCAACUGUGUGACUUCUCGUGUUGCCUUCACUUGCCAGAUAGGUCUAUGUGUCUGAGGAGCUGGCCAGUGCUGCUGAGGGAACAGCGGUCAUUGUUGUCCCAGGAGAUGAGUGGGAAAGAUUUUGGGAUAGGGUUGGAUCUCUCUUCCCUCCGUGCUGCUUGCCUUCUGCUCCAUACACUUGUGCUGGCUUUAUCUGAUUGGGAACACAGUGUUUUCAAGUUGGGGCGGGUGAAGAGAGGGAGAAAGAACAGUGCCAAGGAAAGAAGAAGGAACAUCGAAGAGAAAGGAACACAUCCAUGUUAUAAUAUCAAGUAACUGCUGAACAUCCAGAUGGGCAUCAGCCCUCGGGAGUGGAUGGGGUGUUGCUGGCCUGAUGACAUGGGCUGUUGCUGGCCUGGUAACAUAGCCUGUUCCUGGAAAACAUGUCUCUGUAGCCAUCUGGGUGGGCUGGAGGAAACAUGCCAAUGGGAAUAGCUGUGCUUGCUUUGACCAUGAUGAAAGAAGGAACAACUGUGGAAGCAUUGUAUAAGACAAAACAAAAACAACAACAAAAACCUACUAAUAAGGCUGUGUCCUGGCCAAUAUCCUUUCUAAUUGCACUUCAGUUAAAUGGCAAUGCUGACAGUCUCUUGGAACAUUUUAUUCAACUUCUGGAAGGGCUGCAUUUCAGGUAAGACUUAUGAGGCUCUGUGGGAGUUGGAGAAAUGAGCAGUGGUGGGCUGGGGAGCUCCAAGGAGUCCAGCUUGAUGGGUUGACGCCAAUCUUGAGUAAAACUCCAGGCUGAAUGGGUUCACCCUGGGGCUGACCCGAUGGGUAUUGCUUAUGUUCUUAGGUUCACUGUUUGUGGGGGAAGUGCUCACACCCAUAUUAUUCUUGAUAGUCUUUAUUCCCUUUCCCUCUGCAAAUGAGACGGUGUGGAAUGUUUUGCCCUUAAUUACUGGAGGGAGGGGAACAGGGCCAGCUUCUUUCUCCAGGCCCAAGAAUGAGACUUGUAGCACUAGCACCAUUAGAGCACUCUUUGGGACUUUCUCCCUUACAGUGAGAGAUGCUCUUCCCCUGCCCCUCUCUUUCUAAGUCUCCUGCCACUAUGGGAGCCUCCCUUUCAGAUUUCUUCCAAGUUGUGUUAGAAAAAGCCUUUUUGGCAUUCUUAUUUGGAGAUGCACUCUCUCUGCAAGUUAUAAGUCAGGGGCCAAAGCAAAAGAUGAAAGGCCUUUAGUUAAUAAGUGGCCACAUUUGGACCCUCCACUCAACCUGUGCCCAUGGCAUGUCAGUGCUGCCCUGGAGGGGCCUCCCUCAGGAUUCCUGUUAGGAAACAGUUGUAUUUCCCCAGGUCCUGCCCUACUAUGAGGGCUUCCAUGUCUCAGUGAAAUAUAUCAUAAUUUCCCAGGGAAUUUCUUAGAGCCCCAGAAACUCUCAGGGAGGAGACAGAGGGGCACCCACGAGUUGUGUGACCUUGAGUGUUAUUUAAUCUUUUGGAACAUGGGUUUUCUCUUCUGUAUACUGGAGAAAGUGAUUCCCAUCCACAGAUCUUGCUGGGCACACAGGAGAUGAUAGUUGUGAAAGUACUUUGUGAACAAAAAAGUAUUGGCCACAUGUGAGCGAUGGAUUCUUGUUUUUUGUGAAGGGAGAAACACCGGAUUACUUCUCUCUGGAGGGAAGAGGAGGGGUUUGCAUUCUUGUGUUAACUACACACUGGAGUCUUGUCCAUUUAAGGUAAUAAGAAAAUAAUGCUAACAGAGCCUGAGACGUAGCUUCUGUGGUAGGGCUGUCUCUACUCAGACCCAGUGCUGCUCUUUAAGAAGAAACCACAACGCAGUUGGCAGGCAGGGGCAGGUGGUGGAGGUUGUGGCUCUGCUCGCUUUCUCCCUCUCCCUUCUAGCUCCUGCCCCCUGGAUGUGCCUCCUCCCCAAUAUGAGUUCAUCAGAAACCUGCUGCUUGUCUCAUCUUGGAGGCAUAAGUUCCAAGGAAGAGCUGCCACUGAGGGAGACAUGCCUUACCAGCUGCCUGAUGGAGAGGCCAGGAGGCCUGAGAGACCACCAUUUCUGUUAGAAGAGUGGGGAGGCAUUGCCGGUGUGGCCUAGGCUGCACAGAGCUGUGAUGAAUGUGCAGGUGGCUGUUGAGUAGUUUUUAGGCUUGGAGAACAAGGUCGUCCUAGACCUGGGGAAUCCUCAGGUUUCAUUUAGGUAAAUAGCACUUCCAGUCACGUGGGUCACAGACUGGCCCACUGUAAGAGGGGCUGUGAGCAGGAUAAGGACUGGACACCCUGUCAUCCCCCAAAGCCCCUUAGACAAUGCUCCUGGGCUGAGAUCUCUGCAGCUUACUCUUCUCCUUUCCCUGAAAACAACAGACUCAGACCCCCUUGCAUGUUCAUUUGUCCAGUUAGUAACCACUCGAGUAAUUGCAAAGUUCAGGGUUCUUUGAGGAACACGAAGAUGAUUAAAAAGCAGAUCCUACCUUCAUGGCAUUUAUGGGCAAGUAAGGGAGAAGAGUUAUAUACAAAUGAGAAGGAGGAAUGAAAAAAAUAAAAUAUAAAGGAAGGAAGAUCAGGAAGUCUGCCUGGAUUCUGUGGCAUUUUGGGUUAUUUGUUGGAAAAAUCAGGAGGAUUUGGCCACGAUGAGGUGGGAGAGUGGGGAGAGCAUACUACUGGCAGGAAGGGCAGGAGCAAAGGCCUGGCAAUAGAAAACCAUGGGAUAUAUGAACAUGUGGGGAACUGAGAGUCUGGCAAGAGGGAGAGGGGUUGAGAGAUAAGGGAGAACCUUCUAUCUGCCACUAUCUACCAGGUGCAACACCAGAAACAUUAUAUUCUUCUUUUGCUUUGAGGCUUACAAAUACUGUUCUCUCUGGUUUACUGAGGAGAAAGCUGAGGCACAGGGAACUGAAUAACUUGAUCCAGUCCAGGCAAGUAUUAAGUGGCAACCGGGAUUUGGUCCCAUGACUGUGUGACUUUAGAGCCCAUGCUGUCUCUACUAUAACAGAGGUUCCAUGAAGGGACAUAGGAAAAAAGGAUCUGUGGCCUUUUUCUGGUCAUGUGGGUCCUACAGUCUUGGGCAAGGAGAGCCCUUGGACCCGACAGUGAGGCAGUAAGGCUCCCGGGCUCCGGGACUGGCCUCAAAGUCCAAAAUGGCUGAGCUUUUGGCUUCCCAUCCCACAUUCUAUUGGAGGAGCCACUGGUCUCUGGUGUGGGAAGCAUGGAAGCCAGAAUGGCCGGAGAUACUGGAAUAAAAUUUAAGAGAUGGACUUGAUUGUGGAUUUUCAUUCUUAAGACCACUGCAAACCUCGCGUCUUUGCGAAAGCCCUUCCUGACUCCCUCCCACGCAUCUCCGACCUCCCCUUGGGUCCAGGCAGGCUCGGUCUGCACACGGCGUUGUUCUGCACUUGUUCCUUUGUUGCUGUGAAACCGGCUCCCGGCACAGUCAGCCUCUGUGUGGGAGGACUUGUAGCUGUCUUUGCAGGCAGGCAUUUGCUUAGAGCAGGCUGUGUGCUAGCCCAGCAUCAAGUGAUUCCGGCCUCCUCGAGUCAGCGGUGGUGGGAUGAGGCUCUGCCGAGGGGACUGGCUGUGAAGGAUGAGUUCAGGGUGGGAUGACGGACCGCUUCUGGGACCAGUGGUAUCUCUGGUAUCUCCGCUUGCUCCGGCUGCUGGAUCGAGGGUCUUUUCGGAAUGAUGGUUUGAAAGCUUCUGAUGUCCUUCCUAUCCUAAAGGAAAAAGUGGCCUUCGUGUCUGGGGGUCGUGAUAAGCGAGGCGGACCCAUCCUGACCUUCCCUGCUCGCAGCAAUCAUGACAGAAUAAGACAGGAAGACCUGCGGAAACUCGUGACAUAUUUGGCCAGCGUGCCAAGUGAGGACGUGUGCAAACGUGGCUUCACUGUCAUCAUCGACAUGCGGGGCUCCAAGUGGGACCUCAUCAAGCCCCUCCUCAAAACGCUGCAGGAAGCCUUUCCAGCUGAGAUCCAUGUGGCCCUCAUCAUCAAACCCGACAACUUCUGGCAGAAACAGAAGACCAACUUUGGCAGCUCCAAAUUCAUCUUUGAGACGAGCAUGGUAUCUGUGGAGGGCCUCACGAAGCUGGUGGACCCCUCCCAGCUGACGGAGGAGUUUGACGGCUCCCUGGACUACAACCAUGAGGAGUGGAUUGAACUGCGGCUCUCCCUGGAGGAGUUCUUCAACAGCGCCGUGCACCUGCUCUCCCGCCUCGAGGACCUCCAGGAGAUGCUAGCCCGGAAGGAGUUUCCUGUGGAUGUGGAGGGCUCUCGGCGGCUCAUUGAUGAGCACACACAGCUCAAGAAAAAGGUGCUGAAGGCCCCUGUGGAGGAGCUGGACCGAGAGGGGCAGCGGCUGCUGCAGUGCAUCCGCUGCAGCGAUGGCUUCUCAGGACGCAACUGCAUCCCAGGCAGUGCCGACUUCCAGAGCCUGGUCCCUAAGAUCACCAGCCUCCUAGACAAGCUGCAUUCUACGCGGCAGCACCUGCACCAGAUGUGGCACGUGCGCAAGCUCAAGCUGGACCAGUGCUUUCAGCUGCGGCUCUUCGAGCAGGAUGCUGAGAAGGUAGGAAGGGAGCAGGUUAAACCCGAGCUGUGUUGGGGGUCUUUCCUGGGACCAGUUUUUCAAAUGUGUGAGGGGACACAGGAGGAGCCUGCAGCUCUUGGUCCCACUUGCACAGGAGCAUUCUCCUUUGCUUUCCAGAAUGCCUAUGUCAACAUCAACCGCAUCAUGUCUGUGGCUUCCCGCCUCUCUGAGGCUGGCCAUUAUGCCUCACAACAAAUCAAGCAGAUCUCCACCCAGCUAGACCAGGAGUGGAAGAGCUUUGCUGCUGCCCUGGAUGAACGCAGCACCAUCCUCGCCAUGUCUGCUGUGUUCCACCAGAAGGCUGAGCAGUUCCUGUCUGGAGUGGACGCCUGGUGCAAAAUGUGCAGUGAAGGUGGACUGCCAUCUGAGAUGCAGGACCUGGAGCUCGCAAUCCACCACCACCAGACUUUAUAUGAGCAGGUGACCCAAGCCUACACAGAGGUCAGCCAGGAUGGCAAAGCUCUGCUAGAUGUGCUGCAGCGGCCCCUGAGCCCUGGGAACUCCGAGUCCCUCACAGCCACAGCCAACUACUCCAAAGCAGUGCACCAGGUGCUGGACGUGGUGCACGAGGUGUUACACCACCAGCGACGGCUGGAGAGCAUCUGGCAGCACCGCAAGGUGCGACUCCACCAGCGGCUGCAGCUCUGUGUCUUCCAGCAGGACGUACAGCAGGUGUUGGACUGGAUUGAAAACCAUGGUGAGGCCUUUCUCAGCAAACACACUGGAGUUGGGAAGUCCCUACAUCGAGCCCGGGCCUUGCAGAAGAGGCAUGAUGACUUUGAAGAGGUGGCUCAGAAUACGUACACCAAUGCGGACAAGCUUCUAGAAGCAGCGGAGCAGUUGGCUCAGACCGGGGAAUGUGACCCCGAGGAGAUCUACAAGGCAGCUCGACACCUGGAGGUGCGCAUCCAAGACUUCGUGCGCAGGGUGGAGCAGCGGAAGCUUCUCCUGGACAUGUCUGUCUCCUUCCACACGCACACCAAAGAGUUGUGGACAUGGAUGGAAGAUCUUCAGAAGGAGAUGUUGGAGGAUGUAUGUGCAGACUCUGUGGAUGCAGUCCAGGAACUGAUCAAGCAGUUCCAGCAGCAGCAGACUGCCACUCUAGAUGCCACCCUCAAUGUCAUCAAGGAAGGCGAAGACCUUAUCCAGCAGCUCAGGUCAGCGCCUCCCUCCCUGGGGGAGCCCAGCGAGGCCAGGGACUCAGCUGUGUCCAACAACAAAACACCCCACACCAGCUCCAUCAGCCACAUCGAGUCGGUCCUGCAGCAGCUUGAUGAUGCCCAGGUGCAGAUGGAGGAGCUAUUCCAUGAGCGGAAGAUUAAGCUGGACAUCUUCCUGCAACUGCGCAUCUUUGAGCAGUACACCAUCGAGGUGACAGCAGAGCUAGAUGCCUGGAAUGAAGACCUGCUUCGGCAGAUGAAUGACUUCAACACAGAGGACCUAACCCUGGCAGAACAGCGGCUGCAGCGCCACACAGAACGGAAGCUAGCCAUGAACAACAUGACCUUUGAGGUCAUCCAGCAAGGCCAGGAUCUGCACCAAUACAUCAUGGAGGUCCAGGCAUCAGGAAUUGAGUUGAUCUGUGAGAAAGACAUUGAUCUGGCAGCCCAGGUACAAGAGUUACUGGAAUUUCUCCAUGAGAAGCAGCAUGAAUUGGAGCUCAAUGCGGAGCAAACUCAUAAGCGGCUAGAGCAGUGCCUCCAAUUACGGCACCUCCAGGCUGAAGUCAAACAGGUCCUGGGAUGGAUCCGCAAUGGAGAGUCAAUGCUCAACGCCAGCCUGGUCAAUGCCAGCUCUUUGUCGGAAGCAGAGCAGCUACAGCGGGAGCAUGAGCAGUUCCAACUGGCCAUCGAGUCCCUCUUUCAUGCCACUUCCUUGCAGAAGACGCACCAGAGCGCCCUGCAGGUACAGCAGAAAGCUGAGGUGCUGCUCCAGGCUGGCCACUACGAUGCCGAUGCCAUCCGGGAAUGUGCUGAGAAGGUGGCCCUCCACUGGCAGCAGCUCAUGCUGAAGAUGGAAGACCGGCUAAAACUGGUCAAUGCCUCUGUGGCCUUUUACAAAACUUCUGAACAGGUCUGUAGUGUCCUGGAGAGCUUAGAGCAAGAAUACCGGAGAGAUGAGGACUGGUGUGGUGGACGAGAUAAGCUGGGGCCAGCGGCAGAGAUCGACCAUGUCAUUCCACUCAUCAGCAAACAUUUGGAACAAAAGGAGGCUUUUCUUAAGGCCUGUACCCUGGCUCGGCGGAACGCUGAGGUGUUUCUCAAGUACAUCCACAGGAACAACGUCAGCAUGCCCAGUGUCGCCAGCCACACUCGGGGACCCGAGCAACAAGUGAAAGCCAUCCUGAGUGAGCUCCUGCAAAGGGAGAAUCGCGUGCUGCAUUUCUGGACUUUGAAGAAGCGUCGGUUAGACCAGUGCCAGCAAUACGUGGUGUUCGAGCGCAGCGCUAAGCAGGCGCUGGACUGGAUCCAAGAAACAGGUGAAUUUUACCUCUCAACACAUACCUCCACUGGAGAGACCACAGAGGAGACUCAGGAACUGCUGAAAGAGUAUGGGGAAUUCAGGGUGCCUGCCAAGCAAACAAAGGAGAAGGUGAAGCUUCUGAUUCAGCUGGCCGAUAGCUUUGUGGAAAAAGGCCACAUUCAUGCCACGGAGAUAAGGAAAUGGGUGACCACGGUGGACAAGCACUACAGAGAUUUCUCCCUGAGGAUGGGGAAGUACCGGUACUCCCUGGAGAAAGCCCUAGGAGUCAACACAGAGGAUAAUAAGGACCUGGAGCUGGACAUCAUCCCAGCAAGCCUUUCGGAUCGGGAGGUCAAGCUGCGGGAUGCCAACCAUGAGGUCAAUGAAGAGAAGCGGAAGUCAGCCCGGAAGAAAGAAUUUAUUAUGGCUGAACUACUCCAGACAGAGAAGGCUUAUGUAAGGGAUUUACAUGAGUGCUUAGAGACCUACCUGUGGGAAAUGACCAGUGGUGUGGAGGAGAUCCCCCCUGGGAUCCUCAAUAAAGAGCAUAUCAUCUUUGGCAACAUCCAAGAGAUCUACGAUUUCCAUAACAACAUCUUCCUCAAAGAGCUGGAGAAGUACGAGCAGCUGCCUGAAGAUGUGGGACACUGCUUUGUUACCUGGGCAGACAAAUUUCAGAUGUAUGUCACCUACUGUAAAAACAAGCCUGAUUCCAACCAGCUUAUCCUGGAGCAUGCAGGCACCUUCUUUGAUGAGAUACAGCAGCGGCAUGGUCUAGCCAACUCCAUCUCUUCCUACCUAAUUAAGCCUGUCCAAAGGAUCACCAAAUAUCAACUGCUCCUGAAGGAACUUUUAACUUGCUGCGAAGAAGGGAAAGGGGAGCUCAAGGAUGGCCUGGAAGUGAUGCUCAGUGUCCCAAAGAAAGCCAAUGAUGCCAUGCAUGUCAGCAUGCUGGAAGGGUUCGACGAGAACCUGGACGUGCAGGGGGAGUUGAUUCUUCAGGAUGCCUUUCAAGUGUGGGACCCAAAGUCGCUGAUCCGGAAGGGGCGGGAGCGGCACUUGUUCCUCUUUGAGAUCUCCUUGGUUUUUAGCAAGGAGAUCAAAGACUCUACAGGACACACGAAAUAUGUUUACAAGAACAAGCUACUGACCUCAGAGCUGGGUGUGACCGAGCACGUGGAGGGCGACCCCUGCAAAUUUGCCUUGUGGUCUGGGCGCACCCCAUCCUCAGACAAUAAAACAGUGCUGAAAGCCUCCAACAUCGAAACCAAGCAGGAGUGGAUCAAGAACAUUCGAGAGGUGAUUCAAGAAAGGAUCAUUCACCUGAAAGGAGCUUUAAAGGAGCCACUUCAGCUCCCCAAAACACCAGCCAAACAGAGGAACAAUAGUAAGAGGGAUGGAGUGGAGGAUAUUGACAGCCAGGGGGAUGGGAGCAGCCAACCAGACACCAUCUCCAUUGCUUCUAGGACCUCUCAGAACACAGUGGACAGUGACAAGCUCUCUGGCGGAUGUGAGCUGACCGUGGUCCUCCAGGACUUCAGUGCUGGCCACAGCACCGAGCUGACCAUCCAGGUGGGGCAGACAGUGGAGCUGCUGGAGCGGCCCAGCGAGCGGCCCGGUUGGUGUCUGGUCCGUACCACGGAACGAAGCCCGCCCUUGGAGGGCCUGGUCCCCAGCAGUGCCCUGUGCAUCUCACACUCCCGAAGCAGCGUGGAGAUGGACUGCUUCUUCCCCUUGGUGAAAGAUGCAUACUCUCAUUCCUCAAGUGAGAAUGGAGGCAAAUCCGAGUCUGUGGCCAACCUGCAGGCCCAGCCCUCCCUGAACUCCAUCCACAGUUCCCCGGGUCCCAAGCGCUCCACCAACACCCUUAAGAAGUGGCUGACAAGUCCUGUGCGUCGCCUCAACAGCGGGAAAGCAGAUGGAAACAUCAAAAAGCAGAAGAAAGUUCGUGAUGGUCGGAAGAGCUUUGACCUGGGAUCUCCCAAGCCUGGAGAUGAGACAACCCCUCAGGGAGACAGCGCUGAUGAGAAGAACAAGAAAGGUUGGGGUGAAGAUGAGCCGGAUGAAGAGUCACACACACCCCUCCCACCACCUAUGAAGAUUUUUGACAACGACCCUACACAGGAUGAAAUGUCCUCCUCUUUGCUAGCAGCCCGGCAGGCUUCCACUGAAGUACCUACUGCUGCAGACCUUGUCAGUGCAAUAGAAAAGUUGGUCAAAAACAAGCUGAGUCUAGAAGGAGGGUCAUACCGGGGAAGCUUGAAAGACCCUGCAGGCUGCCUGAAUGAGGGGAUGGCCCAACCCACUCCUCCUAGAAACCUGGAAGAAGAACAGAAAGCCAAGGCCCUGAGAGGCAGGAUGUUUGUCCUGAAUGAGCUGGUUCAGACUGAGAAAGACUAUGUCAAGGAUCUGGGCAUUGUGGUCGAGGGCUUCAUGAAGAGAAUAGAAGAAAAGGGUGUCCCUGAGGAUAUGCGAGGAAAGGACAAAAUCGUGUUUGGAAAUAUUCAUCAGAUUUAUGACUGGCAUAAGGAUUUUUUCCUGGCGGAACUGGAAAAGUGUAUCCAGGAGCAAGACAGAUUGGCACAGCUCUUUAUUAAGCAUGAGCGGAAGCUGCACAUCUACGUGUGGUAUUGUCAGAAUAAGCCACGCUCAGAGUACAUCGUUGCUGAGUAUGACGGCUACUUUGAGGAGGUAAAACAGGAGAUAAAUCAGAGGCUGACACUGAGUGACUUCCUCAUCAAGCCCAUUCAGAGAAUAACAAAAUACCAGUUGCUCCUCAAGGACUUCCUGAGAUACAGUGAGAAGGCUGGUUUGGAGUGUUCAGAUAUCGAGAAAGCAGUGGAGUUAAUGUGCCUUGUUCCCAAACGUUGCAAUGACAUGAUGAAUCUAGGACGUCUGCAGGGCUUUGAGGGCACCCUGACUGCUCAAGGGAAGCUGCUGCAACAGGACACGUUCUAUGUGAUAGACCUGGAUGCGGGCAUGCAGUCGCGGACCAAAGAGAGGCGCGUGUUCCUCUUUGAGCAGAUUGUCAUCUUCAGUGAACUGCUCAGGAAGGGAUCCCUCACCCCCGGCUACAUGUUCAAAAAGAGCAUCAAGAUGAAUUAUUUGGUCCUGGAGGAGAAUGUGGACAAUGAUCCCUGCAAGUUUGCACUCAUGAACAGAGAGACUUCUGAGAAGGUCAUUCUGCAAGCCGCCAACGCUGACAUCCAGCAGGCCUGGGUGCAGGACAUCAAUCAAGUCUUAGAAACACAGCGAGACUUUUUGAAUGCACUGCAGUCGCCCAUUGAGUAUCAGCGGAAAGAAAGGAGCACAGCCGUGAUGAGGUCUCAACCUGCCAGGCUUCCCCAAGCCAGCCCCAGGCCCUACUCCUCUGCUCCUGUGGUCUCAGAGAAGCCCCCAAAGGGCUCCAGCUAUAACCCACCUCUGCCACCCCUGAAGAUACCUACCUCCAAUGGCAGUCCAGGGUUUGAAUACCACCAGCCUGGGGACAAGUUUGAAGCCAGCAAGCAGAACGACCUGGGAGGCUGCAAUGGGACCUCGUCCAUGGCCGUGAUCAAAGAUUACUAUGCACUGAAGGAGAAUGAAAUCUGUGUGAGCCAAGGUGAGGUGGUCCAGGUCCUCGCCGUCAACCAGCAGAACAUGUGUCUGGUGUACCAGCCUGCCAGCGACCAUUCCCCCGCCGCCGAGGGCUGGGUCCCAGGCAGCAUCCUGGCGCCCCUCACCAAAGCCACAGCAGCAGAAAGUAGUGACGGGAGCAUCAAGAAGUCAUGUUCAUGGCAUACUCUACGAAUGAGAAAGCGGGCGGAAGUGGAGAACACGGGUAAAAAUGAAGCCACAGGGCCUCGUAAACCCAAGGAUAUUCUGGGCAACAAAGUCUCUGUUAAAGAGACGAACAGUUCCGAGGAAUCAGAGUGUGAUGAUCUUGACCCUAAUACUAGCAUGGAGAUCUUAAAUCCAAAUUUCAUCCAAGAAGUGGCCCCAGAAUUCCUUGUGCCCUUGGUGGAUGUGACCUGCUUGCUUGGGGACACAGUAAUACUGCAGUGCAAAGUCUGUGGGCGGCCGAAGCCCACCAUCACUUGGAAGGGUCCAGACCAGAACAUCCUUGACACUGACAACAGCUCGGCCACAUACAGCGUCUCCUCUUGUGAUUCUGGAGAAAUAACCCUGAAGAUCUGCAAUCUGAUGCCCCAAGACAGCGGGAUUUAUACCUGCAUAGCGACAAAUGACCACGGGACCACAUCAACAUCUGCAACAGUCAAAGUGCAAGGUGUUCCAGCAGCCCCUAACCGUCCCAUUGCCCAGGAGAGAAGCUGCACCUCUGUGAUUCUCCGCUGGCUGCCCCCCUCCAGCACAGGAAACUGCACUAUUUCUGGUUACACUGUGGAGUACAGAGAAGAAGGUUCUCAGACCUGGCAGCAGUCGGUGGCUUCGACCUUGGACACUUACCUCGUCAUCGAAGACCUUAGUCCCGGGUGUCCUUAUCAGUUCAGAGUCAGUGCCAGUAACCCCUGGGGAAUCAGCCUUCCCAGCGAGCCCUCGGAGUUUGUGCGACUUCCAGAAUAUGAUGCUGCUGCUGAUGGUGCCACCAUUUCUUGGAAGGAAAAUUUUGACUCAGCUUACACUGAGCUGAAUGAAAUUGGAAGAGGCCGUUUCUCUAUAGUAAAGAAAUGCAUCCACAAAGCUACCCGCAAAGAUGUGGCUGUGAAAUUUGUUAGCAAAAAAAUGAAGAAGAAAGAACAGGCUGCCCAUGAGGCUGCCCUGCUUCAGCACCUACAGCACCCCCAGUACAUCACUCUCCAUGACACCUACGAGUCCCCCACAUCCUACAUCCUGAUUUUGGAACUGAUGGAUGAUGGCCGGCUGUUAGACUACCUUAUGAAUCAUGAUGAACUGAUGGAGGAAAAAGUAGCUUUCUAUAUCCGAGACAUCAUGGAGGCUCUGCAGUACCUUCACAACUGCAGGGUUGCACAUUUGGACAUAAAGCCUGAAAACCUGCUCAUUGACCUACGGAUUCCAGUGCCUCGAGUGAAGCUCAUUGACUUGGAGGAUGCUGUCCAGAUCUCGGGUCACUUCCACAUUCACCACCUGCUGGGGAACCCCGAGUUUGCUGCCCCAGAAGUCAUCCAAGGCAUCCCUGUCUCCCUGGGGACAGACAUCUGGAGCAUUGGGGUUCUGACAUAUGUCAUGCUGAGUGGGGUCUCCCCCUUCCUGGAUGAGAGCAAAGAGGAGACAUGUAUCAACGUAUGCAGGGUGGAUUUCAGCUUUCCCCAUGAAUACUUCUGUGGUGUGAGCAAUGCUGCCAGAGAUUUCAUCAAUGUGAUCUUACAGGAAGACUUUCGGAGGCGGCCCACAGCAGCCACGUGCCUACAGCAUCCAUGGCUGCAGCCCCAUAAUGGCAGCUACUCUAAGAUCCCCCUGGACACCUCCCGCCUAGCAUGCUUCAUAGAACGCCGCAAGCACCAGAAUGAUGUACGGCCUAUACCCAAUGUCAAGAGCUACAUUGUCAACCGGGUGAACCAAGGGACGUAGCUAUCUCCCAGCCCCUAUGGUUUCACAUAGAAGUGCAGUGUGAACCAAAGCAAGACUGAAUGUGACUGUAAAUAAUUCUGUUCGUCAUUUCAUUCCACGCAGUUCUCUGAUUUGAGAGAUGUACCUCUUAAACCUCGAUAAUAGCUAUUCAGGUUCUGAGCAGCAGGAAAAGUCACCCGCAAUCCAGGAGCUUUCCAGAAAGUCAUUCUGAAGAAAUAAAGAGGCAAAGGGUCACAGAAGUGUUCAGAAGAAGGGCAAGGAUAAGAACAAUAUUAGCUGUUACGAAAUUUUAACUGUAUCUUCCAAAAUGAGUGGUUAACUGGGCAAACCUUAAGCUCACAAGAGUGUAAAAGGUCUCUGGCUUUGCUGAAAUUUUAAGCAAAAAGUUCUAUUUAGUGGAGAUGUCAUGUAUAUCAACUAUUCUGGUUUAGAUAACUUAGAUAUAGUUUCUUAAUAAGAUACAUAUACGCAUACAGUAUAAUAUAUCCCAUUCAGGUUUCAGAGUUUUCUAAUAUAAAGAGAUAUAUAUUAAAUCAAUCACAAGGAACUGAGUGCUCCAGUUAAGACAGUAAUUUAUUUACCGAAGCAUUACAUUGUUUUGACUAAGCACAAUUAGAUGACAAGUUUUUUAGAGCAUUUUAUAAAUCUUGUAUAGAAAUCUUUUACCAGAACCUGUGCAUUAAGAGAAAGCAAUGUUGCCCUUUUGAAUGAGAAGAUUUUUUCUGUCAAUCACAGGUUUUUUGAUUAAGAUAGGUUCUUUCUGUGUAUGAAACACUACCUGCAAAUUCACUGGUAGCUCAGAGUUAAUCGGGCAAGCAAGCCUAUGGGGAAAUAAGUUCAAAUACAGUAUGAGCUGCGGGAGUAUUUUCGUGUCUACACUGGGUUUGAAAUAAGUAAACGAAUAUGAGAGAUCCAUACAAAAGGGCAAAUGGAAACCUCUCCUACGGUUCCUAUGAACAACACACCAAUACUUUCUGAUUUCUUCUACGGCUGUAGAAUACAGUCUUUCAGAAAGUUAGCUGGCUUUAUUUCUAACUCCUUAUUGAAGCUAAGGGGUGCUUACUAAAAGGAGGCAGCCAUAUAGGCCUUCUAAAGGCCUGGCCCUAAGUCCUUUCUAAAGCCAUGGGACAAAACCUGAUACAUCACCCUAACAGAACAUUAAGUUGUAACUGAGAUUGCAAUACCUGUUACCACUCAGCUGCUGAUAGUUCUCUGAACUAAAGGGACUAAUUUUACUUUAAGGCCAAUGCUGCUUUCUGGUAUAUAUUCUUCAUACAAGAUUAUUAUUAACUGCUCUUUUUCCCUCUGGUGGAAAAAAAAAUUAAACCUGGGCGCUUCAUGGGUUUUCUUUCUUUAUUUUUGUUUGUUGGGGGAGAGGGCGUUUGUUUUUUGUGUUUGUACAUGAUCCAUCCUUAGUUUUCUAGAAUGCGUGUUGAAAUGCUAUUAUACAAGUAAGAUUUUAAAAAUAUAACUCAAGUGUUUGUUCGAAUCAGGUUUAAUGGCAUUGCUUCUCUCCUAUAAUGGGAUAGAGAAAAUUAAAAUCUCGCAGUACAGAGGUUCAAGAAGAGAACUUAUGAAGGACAAAUAGAAACUACAAAUCUAUCUACAUGAAAAAGAAAUGGUGGAAACUAAUCCUGAACUUUAACAUAUAAAGAAAACACUUAUUCCCAUGGUGGAAACGUAAAAUUAAAAAUCAUCAUCAUUUUUUUUCUUAUCAGUUUCAGAGUCAGCUUCCUCAUCCCAUCCAAGAUUAUAGAUUGUUACCUUAGUGGAAAGUAUAAGCAAUAAGACUAGAUAGCACUUAGUAUUUUGGGGAUUAACCAAAUAUAUGGAAACCGACUCCGACUGUAUCUGACUAUAUUUGUUUUCUAGUUUUCAAACGGCCCUGGGUCAUUAAGCCUCACUCCCUCAGAGGUCUCUCUUAACUAUACCCUAUAGUCUUCAUUUGAACCUUUAUGUAUGUACAAACACUCUAUGAUACAAUACGUAAAAAUUUAAAACAUACUUACUAAAAAUCCUUUUAGUAAACAUGUUUACUGAAAUUUUUUAAAAUUUAAAACAUAUUUAGUAAAUUUUUUUAGUAAACAUUUUCAUUAUGCUUAAAAAUUUUAAAACAUCUUUAUUAAAAAUCCUUUUAGUAAACAUGUUUACUAAAACCCUUUCAGUAAACAUGUCUUCAUUAUGGUAUACACAUAAAGGAGGAAAGUCCAACCUGUAGGGUUUGUCAUGGGACAGACUGCAGGCUCUGAGGAUUCCCAAUAUCCAUAAAGUCUGGCUCGGCAAGUUCUGUUCUGUCCACCGUGGAUGACUUGAAUCAAGAUCCCUCUGCUGAGCCAGUCUGAGUUUUUAUAACAAGCUGAGUUUCUUCUUGAGAAGGCCAGGGCCCAGGACAGUAAUGCAUAGACCAUGACGGGUGUAGGGGAAUGGGGGGUUGUUGAAAUUAUGUUAUGGGGGCAGCUGACAGAAUGUUAGACAGAACCCAAGCUUUCACAUCAGCUUUUACAACAGCGUUGGAAGGAUCCAAGUGUGGGGUUGCAUGGAAUUCCCCCAAGUACACAUACUGGGGAAGUGAGAAGACAGGAAACGAGGGACCUAGAAAUGAAGUAGGAUGAUUUUGGGGCCAAGGUACAAUCAUCAGACUAGAAUGAACUUAAUAGAGGUCCCAAGAGAAAGGGAGUAUAUUUUAUAUAGUUUGAUAACAUAGGGAAACUAACAGGAAGGUUCCCUGUCUGCAAGGCUCCUGGUCCCUCCCAACAGGGAUAAGAGAAUAGUCUUGGUUCAAGAAUUCUCCAGAGCAAGCUGGAAAUAACAAGGAAUUCCAGACGAUGGACCUGGGAAAUGUAAUUUAGGUUGUUUUGAGGGCAACCAUGGUUAGGGAAGAAGGAUCAGGGACCACUCUUGUUCCCAUUUUGGCAGACAGAUUUAUUACUUGGUAGUAAAGAAGAGAGGAGAGAAGAGAAAAUAGUCCACUUCUAUCAUAAUGAUGGUAGUUCACAGUGAGACUGAACUCCCAGCUGAAAUGAGAAAAACAAACAAUGGUCAAGGUCACAAGUUUCUUGCAUGGCUUAUAUUCAUUGCAUAGGGUUACGAGGUUUUUGUUUUGUUUUAUAAGGGUGGGACACAGAAAGAAUGAAAAGAUCAGGGACAACCCAUAAUAACUUUUAAGAAGUAUUAAUAUAAUGAUUUCCUACAUCUUUUGCAUUUGUUUCAAAUUGAAUAGAUAAAUAUCCAAGUAUAGCUGAAUGUGGUAAAAUUUUUAAGAAAACAAAUGGUAAUGGUGGAGAUGUCCUUCAGGUCUCUCUCAGCCAUAAAGAGUGUAAGGGGGAGUAGAGGAAGCAGAGGAGAAUGCUAGCUUCACUGCUUUGUGGUCCACAAAGCCUUUAUAAAUAGUAGUGCCUUUCAGAGGGGAGGAUGGGAGAUAAAGAAGUUCAUUGCAUUUAGAUUUACUGAUAUUGCAGCAUUUUUUCUUUAUUUUAAAACGUCUUGUAAAUGCAAACAUCUGAAUAUAGGGGUGGAACCAGGAAUUUUUGAGCUUCAAUCUCAGCUAUUCCUGAUUCAUCUUUUCUUACAGAAAGUCUUUGUUUUUUCUUCCCCAAAUGUACCCAUUGGUAAAAUGGGAAUUGGGGGAUGGGGAAGGAGGAAGGACAUUAAUCUUACAGGAAUGUUGAGAAAUAACCUUGGUUGGGACAUCUAUGAAAUACUUUGAUUUUUUUAAAGUGCUAUACACUGCCAGUGCUAAGAAUUUUAUUGAUAGUAACUUUGAACAUUCCAGGUUUUUAAUAUUCACAUCUUUAAAUACCAUUUAUAAACUCAUGAGAUUAAAUUCUGCAAAUUGCUUUCAGAUUAAAUUCUGUAAAUUGCUUUCAGUUGGAAGUAUUAGGUGCUCUUUGUCUAAGUGUUAUUUGGUCUUAGCCUACAAUUUCGAUCAUGUAAGAGCUUGUCUACUGAAAAGAGUCAGGAGAGCUGAUGAAGUCUUAUGUCCAUAAGCCGUUUUCUCCAGUAUUUUUUAUGGCAAGUGCAAAGAGUAAAAUACCCUCAAAAGCAGCUGCUACCUUCUCUUCUCAAGCUUUAUGCUCUGGAAAAACAGACAGAAAAGAACCCAAGAACCAUCUUCCUCACUUGGGAGGGCAGAAGUGAGAAGAAAACAUCUUCUCAUAUCACAAUUUAUUUUUUACAGUCUCACAGGAAUCUAUUAUAAGAGGCAAAUUAAAGGCACAGGCAAAUUAAAUGCAUAGAAAUGAAUUGGACUGUUCAUUUUUGGAGGACAAACCUUGAAUCUUUUUUUUUUUUUUUAAGGUGGCUUAGUCUUUCAGGAGUUGCAUAUUUGCUGUCCCAUAACCCCCAUGAUUAGAUCCCAUGAGUUAGGCAUUACUUUUUUCUUGCCUCUGUAGAAGAGCAUGGCAAUUUAGAUUUGUGAGAAUAUGAGGAAGUAAAUAUAAUAUAAACUAAAUUUUAGUUAUUUCUGUGCAUUAACUAAAACUUUGCCUCAUGCAUUUAAUAGAGGAGGAAAUAUUUUGUAAAUAAGAGGUCUUUGUAGAGGGGCAAAGUUCAAACUCACCAUGUCAUUCAGUGUGGACAAUGAAUUGUGCUGGAUGAGUUUUGAGGAAUGUAGACCUUCCUUUCUCUCCUGGGUCGCACCUCUGUGGAGUCUGGGUUAGACAAACACAGUAUAUGACCUUUCAGUGGAUUUAUUUAUAAAACUGCACCUUGCUUUUUCUUCACUAUUUAAAGUCUAGGGAUGAUUUGAGGAUGAAUGAUUAAACCCAGGGUAAGCCUGGAGAAGACAGAGCUCACACAUGUUUCAUCCAGAAAAGGAAAGCCACUAUGUUAAUAUUUAUUUUCUAAAAAUAGUAAGACUCUCAGUUGUUUCAUUAAUUCUAAAGGGUUAAAAAGGGCUGAAAUUUGUUUAUAGCACUAAAUGUUUUUAAUAGGAAAUAUUACAUAAAAAAUUUAUACAGAAGUAGGAGAACACAAUUCUCAUAAGAACAUAUUUUCUAUGAAAGGCAUUUCUUCCUCAUCUUCAAUAAAUAUAAAGUUAGAGGAGAGGAAAAAGCAGUCACUCCAAGGCAACUUUUCAUCACUGAGGGACAUUAUGAAAAGCCUGAAAUUUAUAUGCGCAGGCUAUUGCAUUUUUCUGUGAGAAAUGUGCCCAUUUGCUGUGAGAUUCUAAAGUGUGUUCAGAUUUAGGUUUUACUCAAAUGAUCAAGAUAACAGUUUAGCUAGAUAACUGCUAUUUCAGAUAGUGAGGUUAGCUGAGAAAAGGAAGCAUGGUAGAAGAAAUGCAAAUAGCAAUUCUUGGAAUGCCAGCCCCUGAGGCUUAGUUUAACCAAGCUAAUCUGUUGGCCCAGGGAUAGCCAGCAUAGGAGCUUCCAUCAAUACCUGACUUCCGUCGAGAAUUGAGUCCACGUUCUGGAGUACGAUGGAGACUGUUACUAUAACCUCAAAGACUGUCUCUAGGAAUCUGAAAUUAAAAAAACAUACAUUGUCUCUUACUAACUUAAGCCAUAUCUGUCAUCUCUGUGUUUGAUUUUUCUGACCCUGGUGCUUUUACUUCUGUUUCUGCCAAACUUCAGCCUACUCUAUGGGGAAGGUGAGUAAAACUAAUAGAACAAAUAAGAAGACUGUGAAAAAAACUAAACAUAUUCUUCAGAAUGAGAUCCUGUUCAGAGAACAGUAGUGGUCAAAGUGCAAACUGUUGGAAAAUACGGAUAUAUGUACAUCUGUACAUGUAUAUAGUGUAUAAUAUGUAUGUAUAUGUUAUUGCUCAUAUGCAGAAAUCUAUCCAUUUGCAGACAGCCCAGGUGGGUCAAUUUUUCUAUUGGAAAACCAUUUAGGGCCAUUCAAAACCAUUAGGGCUAAUUUGUGGAGACAAACUCUACUCAUUUGGGAAUUAAUUUGCUGUCUUUUGAUGUCCACAAAGCCAAACUAACAGUGUGAAACAUAAAGGGGCCAUCAGUUAGGUUAUUCUGUUUAUCUGGACUUCAUCAUUAUAGUUGAACUAUCAGUUAUCAAUUUGCAAACUGUAUUGGCAUCUCUUAGUUUUCAGUGACCCCUGCCCCCAAGUCUUUUGAGAAUUUGGAGUGGGCUUCACUGGCCAUUCAGACAAAGGGCCUUAUUCAUAAGUGGACAGGUUUCCCCAUAAGGACCAUCACACAUAUACAUAUAAGUAUAUACUUCAUCAGGCUUGUAACAAUUGAUUUAAAAUCACUCCACAGUAUUGAUAAAUAGCUCUAUAUUUUCAAGGUGCAGAAGAAUUCCACAGCCUUAAUUAUUUCAGUGUCUUGCUGGUCUGCCUUAAGUGUAUCUUCUGGAUUUUUGGUUGUUUUAUUAUUUUUUAAAUUUUUCUGCUGUUGUUCAUUUUGUAUGCACACAAUGUCGUUUUGUAAAGGUAGGUUGUAAAUAUUUUAUUUGUAAGUCAAAAUCACUCAUGUGUAAUGUUGUAAAGUGAUGACCUGCUGUCUUGUUUCUGCUACAGUCAAUGUUAUAAGUUAUAGAUGAAACUUCAAAAUGUACAUCUCACAUGUUAUGCAUUCCUAUAAAUAUACUAUACUAAAGAUACUA